AUGUGGACCAACAAACAAAAAGCAGAGGUCCUACGACUGCGAGCCAACGGUCUCACAUACUCGGAAAUUCAAAAGAGACCGAGAUUCCAGACCUACAGUGUCAAUGCAAUCAGGGUCGGGGUGUUACUGACCACCACCGAGAACCAACCCCUUAUGGCGCCUCGCAACUCGGGGAGCCUGGGUCAGGGCAAUGGAGAGAAGGCUGCUUCGUCGGACGUCAUUCCUGUAAAGCGUCCCGCCAAAGCGGAGCUUCAGAGGGACAGAAAAAGGCUCCAUGAAGAAGGCAAGGCCAGCAGUGCUACUGAAGAUGAUAACCUGAGCACUUGUUUGAGCAGCUUCAACUUCAACGAGGAUGACGACAGCGAUACUAUUGCAGCCAGCUCAGAUACUCUUGCAGCUAGUUCGGAUGGUGACGAUUCUGGCGAUGACGAUGGAACUGCUAGUGUCAACGCAUCCUCUCAUCAUGAAGUCCGUUCGACUAUCCAUCACCGCGAACCACACCCGGACACGGCCCAGGCUGCUCAGGUCCUUGUCUCAAUCCGAGAAGAUCCGUCCACCGAGUUCAGCACAGAGGGCCAUCUUCCGCCUCAAGGUCCAGCGCAGCAUGUUGUGCAAAAUCGUCCUCCACCUGUCCUGGAUCGCGUCGACCAAGUAGCAACGGUGCCAGACGCUAGCAAGGUACAGCAUUCGGCAAUGUUCCAACCCAAGUUCUUAACUCCCCUUCAGCUCCACCCCGACCCUCUAUUCCCUGAAACCCCACGCAUCAGUGCCGACGUAAUGAUGAACGCUCAUCUGCAACAAACCAUCUCCGCAGAUAUCGAUUUUCUCCUCGCAAUGUGUCUUGCAGACCAUGACGACCUGCGGAUGAGAGUCCCAAAAGCACGGGACGCUGACGACUACGGCAUCCUUCGCGGCCAGAUGCAUCUCGUGGGCCAUUACUACUAUGAGCUCCUGAGACACAGAGAAGGGGUCAAUGUAAGCUUUGGCUAUACCGUCCUGCACGCGGCAGAUGUUCGAAAACUGCAUGAGGAUGUACGAAAGUUUCAUGAGGAGGGGAGUUGUCUUGUUGAGGGCCACCCUAGUGGCAAGCGUGAUCAUUGGCCUUUCUGA